GUGAAAGGGAAAAGGUCGCGUCAUCCAACAUGGCGGCCCCCGUGGAUGACAUGUUUUCCCUGUGCACGGAUCCCGUUAAAGUUUCUAGCGCUGUGGAAAUCAGAUUUAUCGACCACAUUAAGGGGAAAGGGCUCUUUGCCAAAAAGACUAUUAAAAAGGGAGAGGCCAUUUUCAUCGAACGCCCUCUUGUCUCGGCCCAGUUUCUGUGGAAUGCCCUCUAUAAAUACAAAGCUUGUGAGUACUGUUUACGGGCUCUUGAGACUGCAGAACAAAAUGCAAGGAGGCUCAGUGGCAACCCGGGACUCAGCCUCCCAUACCCGGAGCUGUGCAAAGUGCGACCGGAGCUGCACCAGCCUUGCCCCCAAUGUCAGGUGAUGUACUGCAGCAGUGAAUGCCGACAGGCUGCAGCUGACCAGUAUCACCGGGUUCUCUGUUUGGGGCCAUCUGAGAACGAUCCUGAUCACCCCAUCAACAAGCUCAAAGAUGCAUGGAGGAGUAUUCAUUAUCCUCCUGAAACCUCCAGCAUUAUGCUCAUGGCCAAAAUGGUCGCUGCUGUCAAACAGGCUAAAGACAAGGCCCACUGGCAGGGACUCUUCUCACACUUUUGUAGCCGGGCAGCAAAUGAGGAAGAGGAGAUAGCCCACAAGCUCUUAGGAGAGCAAUUCAAAGGGCAGUUGGCCUUGUUACAUAGUCUCUUUACAUCAGCACUUUUUGAUGAACAUCUCAGUCGGUGGUUUAUCCCUGAAGGUUUCCGUUCGUUGUUUGCUCUGGUGGGGACCAACGGGCAAGGCAUUGGCACUAGUUCAUUGAGUCAGUGGGUUCAUGCCUGUGAUGCACUGGAGCUUCCUGGCCAGCAGAGGGAGCAGUUGGACUCCUUUAUCGACCGGCUGUACAAGGACAUAGAGAAAGAGACUGGAGACUUUUUGAACUGUGAGGGUUCAGGACUCUUUAUACUCCAAAGCACAUGUAACCACAGCUGCAUACCCAACGCCGAGGCUUCAUUCCCAGAUAACAACUUCCGUCUUCACCUCACUGCCCUCUGUGACAUCAGCCCCGGAGAGGAGAUCUGCAUCAGUUAUCUGGACUGCUGUCAGCGAGACCGAAGCCGCCAUAGCAGACACAAAAUUCUAAGGGAAAACUACCUGUUUGUGUGCGCGUGUCCAAAAUGUGUGUCCCAGAUGGAGGAGCUGGACGUGACAUCAGAGGAGGAAGAUGAAGAGGAAGGCGAGGCAGAAGGUGAAACGGAGGGGGACGAGAUGGAAGACGAGAUGACAGAUGUCUGAUCAAAGACUGCUCCAGUUUGUUCUCAUUCACUGUUCAGCGGCCACACAAACACUCAUGAGGCUCUGUACAAAUAGCCCUUAUCCCCAGAACUGUUCACACAACGACAUGGCAACAAGACCAACUUAUAAAAUUGGAAUAAUGUUCCUGGGUUAUUGAAGUUAUGUGAUGAUUAUGUUUUUAUUUGUCUACUGUGGCACUCUAAAUUCACUUAUUAUAAAAAAGAUUGCUAUACACAUUAACAAAGCAUAGCAAUGAAAUAAUAGUGCCAUUAAAUCUCACAGACGAACCACCAGAUCCAAUUGCAUUAGUCCCUCUAACUAAUCAUUUAUCUGCAUCUGUGAUCUGAUUUAGAGCCUCCCCAUGGGCCAAAAACAUUGGAUUUGUGAACUUUACUGCCCCUGGGGGUAACAUCUUUCAUUAUCCCUAUUGUACUAGUAUUGCAAGUUACAACCAGCUGUCAGCUAUUAUAGGCGAUGAUGGCCCUUCUCCAAAGGAAAUCUAUAUUAAUAGUUUUUAGCCCCUUUCAUUUCAUUAUAAAGGAACACUAUAUAUGUACAUGCCUAUAUUUUAUGACAUUGAGCUUCAAUAGCAGAUUAUUUAAAUCUCCUGUAAGCCAAGGCAGCUCACUGUGUCCUGAAAUCUAGUGCUCAGAGACAUGUCUCAUCUCUUGUAACAACGCAUAGUGAUUAAGCAGGUAAUUUGUUCUCAGUUUAUGCUCCACUCUUUAAAAAGUUUGAUACACAGCUAUGCAUACUUUAGUGAGCAGCACUUUGUUUAUACUCUGUUGUAAUUACAGGGUUGUCAUCUCAGAGGCUUAGAGCCACUAUAAUAUAGGACGCUUUCCACUAUGAUCUAUUGGAUUACGUUAAACCUUACUUAGUGUGUUAUGGAGACCUUGAGUUGAAAAUUGCAUUGUCCAUAACACUUUCCUUUAUGGAGGACAGUAUAUCAACUCCACUUGACU